GGUGGUUUGGGGCACAGGGAGUGGAGGGAACAGGUAUAAAAGGAGGGUGAGGCCCGGAAGAGGCAGCUGGUCACAGGAGCACAGCAAGAGGCCACACCAUGCCCCUCUCUGCUGCGGCCAGGACGGGUCUGAGGGUGGCUCAGACAGGCUUUGUGGUCCUCCUGGUGGUGCAGAGCUGUGCCGCCUACCAGUUGGUCUGCUACUACACCAGCUGGUCCCAGUACCGAGAGGGGGAUGGGAGCUGCUUCCCAGACGCCAUAGACCCCUUCCUCUGCACCCACGUCAUCUACAGCUUCGCCAACAUCAGCAACGACGAGAUCGACACCUGGGAGUGGAACGAUGUGUCUCUCUACGACACGCUGAACACACUGAAGACCAGGAACCCCAACCUGAAGACCCUCUUGUCUGUGGGAGGAUGGAACUUUGGUUCUGAAAGAUUUUCCAAAAUAGCCUCCAACACCCAGAGUCGCAGGACUUUCAUCAAGUCGGUGCCACCGUUCCUUCGGACCCAUGGCUUCGACGGGCUGGACCUGGCCUGGCUCUACCCUGGACGAAGGGACAAGCGGCAUCUCACCUCUCUGGUCAAGGAAAUGAAGGCAGAGUUUGUGAAGGAAGCCCCGAAGGAAAAGCAGCCGCUGCUCCUGACCGCCGCGGUGUCCGCCGGGAAGGUGGCCUUGGACGGAGGCUACGACAUGUCCCAGCUGGCCCAACACCUGGACUUCAUCAACCUCCUGACCUAUGACUUCCAUGGAGCCUGGCGCCAGAGCGCGGGACACCACAGCCCCCUGUUCCGAGGCAAGGAGGUCGCCAGUUCUGACAGAUACAGCAACGCUGCCUACGCCGUGGGCUACGCGCUCAGGCUGGGGGUCCCGGCCAAGAAGCUGCUCAUGGGCAUCCCCACCUUCGGGAGGAGCUUCACGCUGGCCUCUUCGAAGAGCGGAGUGGGAGCCCCCAUCUCGGGGCCCGGGCUGCCCGGCCAGUUCACCAAGGAAGGCGGGAUCCUCGCUUACUAUGAGAUCUGUGACUUCCUUCAUGGAGCGACCGUGCAUCGACUCCCUGACCAGCAGGUCCCCUAUGCCACCAAGGGCAACCAGUGGGUGGGGUACGAUGACCAGGAGAGCGUCAAAAACAAGGUGCAGUACCUGAAGAACCAGGGGCUGGCAGGAGCCAUGGUGUGGGCCCUGGACCUGGACGACUUCCGGGGCACCUUCUGCGGCCAGAAUCUUCACUUCCCCCUCACCAGUGCCAUCAAGGAAGCCCUGGCUGCCGCUUAGCGCUCCGUCCGUCCAGCACAUGCUGGGCAGGGGUUCUUGCUCCCAGGGUUCUUGCUGCUCAGGAGCUGGUCACCUGCCCCGCUGCACCUCAGUCUCCUUCCCUGGUCCUGCAGAGGGUCCAGCUCUGAGCUCUGCGCUCAGCUUUGUGGGCUUGCAGGGGGCGGCGGGGCUGUGGGCAGUGAGGGCUGGAUCCCCACAGUGUCAGGCAGGGACAGCACACACGUUGAGGAGUGAAAACGCCACUCCCUCCCUGGGCCUUCUCGGCAGAGGCCACACGAGCAAGCUCCUCCACCCAGCACAGAAGUCAUGCAGGAAGCAGUGACCACACAGAUCACAGCCUCCGCAUGCCCAGCUUCAAACCUCUACCAGGAGCGUCCUCAUGCCUCCCUCCCAACCCCCAGCUGCUCAAUAAAGCACCAGAACUUCUGUA